GAAGAGGCGUCGGCGGCGCGGCGCAAGCGGCGCACGGCGAGCGCGGCCACGGGCUGCGGCUGCAGCUGCGUCUACUGCGGCAAGCGGGUGACGCGCAACAGCGUCAGCGUCAGCAUCACCCGCUUCCGCGCGCGCCGCGCCCAGCUGCGCAUCGCGCGCGCGCAGGCGCUCGCCAUGCAGGCGCACGCGCUCACCACGUGCGGCGGCACGCACGGCGAGGGCUGCCCUUCGUGCGAGGCGGCCGCCCUGCUCCACAUGCACCAGCAGGACGAAGGCGGCGCCGACGCGGCCGCGCUGUGCGGCUGCGCGCUCUGCUGCGAGGAGCCCGCGCCGGCGCACGACCACUCGGGCGACCACAGCCCCGCGCCCAGCACACUCACGUCGCCCUCAGAGUGUAAACAACCCCACGUGGGCGCCUUAGAAGGCGGUGUGAGUGCGAGUACAGCUCUGCAACUGCUGCAGUGUCGCCUACAACCCGGCAUGAAGCCCCAUCCACCUCGCGAUGGCCUUGGGGCCUCAGCUUGCUUUCCACGUCCGAGGAAGACGAUUCAAUUCCCAAGCCCUCCGUGUGGACAUGGCAUUCCCCUGGCUCAUACAUGCGUAACUGCUCCAUCAUACACACCAGCCCUCACCACGCACGCCGAGGAUUCUGAGGAAGGGCACGAUGACAUAUGCACAAGAUCGCCGCAAGAAGACGAUUCACAGCCGACCUCUUGUCGGCGCCCAGCAAGAACAUCAUUGCUGGCAGAUUGCUGCAAUUACUCCAAGGAAUUCCGCAAUGAACCAUUCAUAGAGCUCGCAGGCCACCCGAAUAGGGAGCUCAUCCUCAAUGCAGUAUAA